AUGGAAACUAGAAAUGAAGAAUUAGAAACUGCUUCUUUAGAAUUAUACCAAUAUAUGUGUAAUGCACUGGUCGGAUCGGAGAAAAUAGUAAGAUAUAGACGAUUGUUUUUUAAAUUAUUUGACGAAACAUGGAAUACACAAGAUGGCUUUGAAUUAAUCAGUAGUGGAAGUAAAUCGGAAGGUUUAGACCUUCGUGAUAGUGAUUUUGACUUGAUGACUUUACACAAGUUAUUCAAGGUCUAUGAGAAUAUAGACAGUUCAGGUUGUUUUGUUAUAAACAUUGAUACAAACAAUGCUCAACCAGGAUUUGCUCUAUUAAAAGUUCCGGAAAACAUAAGCAAAUGUUGCCCAGAUCUGUUUCCUAAGACCGACAAUGGGUACCUACUAUCAAGUAGAAAAAUGAGAGAUUUACUCAUGGUCAAACCCCGUUUAUAUAAUGGGGCUUUCAGUAUUCACGGUCCAAGUGUUUGUCAUAAUGAAGUAGAUUUGGAUAGGGUUUACUGUUUACAGUGCAACGCAUGGCCGUUUGUAGCCAAAGAUUGGCUGCUUAGAAACAAAUCAACUGAAUGGCCUCCUCAAAAAGUAAUGGACAGCAUUACCGAACAAGGUGUGUUAUUAGUUCCAGUUGGUAGCAAAAGUUCCUCAGAUGAAGUGAACGAUUUGGAAUGGAGAAUGUCAUUUUCUCUGUCAGAAAAGGUACUUAUUCAUUCUUUCAAUUACGUGCAGCUGAUUUGUUAUGCCUUAUUGAAGAUUUAUCUAAAAGAAAUCAUCAAUAAUAAAAAGACUUUGUCUAAACUUUUGUGUUCAUACUAUAUGAAAACUUUACUAUUCUGGAUACUGGAGGAAACAGAAGGAUCUAAAUGGACACCAGAAAAUUUAAUUCAUUGCUUUCUGGCUUGUGUUAAACGUUUAUGUUACUGGAUAACAAUUAACUAUAUACCAAACUAUUUCAUACCUUCACACAAUAUGAUUGACGGUAAACUGUCAAACGAAGAACUCAACGAGAUGAUUCGCAUGCUAAACGGAGUGCUGUCUGACAAUGGAUGGGAAAAUAUCUUCUAUGCAAAUUCUUUGGACGGAUUUCGCGCUAGAUUAUCAUUUAAUCAAGUUAACCGCUAUAAUUCUUUUGAUAAAGCCAUAUUUCCUCUUUAUAUGACUUUAGAAAUGAAAUAUUUUGACUUUGAACAUAAGUAUAAGCAUGUUAUUCACAGAAUAGUAUCCAAUCUUCCAAAAACUGUGAAAAAUAUAUGCGCGUUGCAAUUUUUGUGCUUUAAUUACUUUUCGUUGUCUAAUAUUAAGUUCUGUAAUGGUGAUCUUAAAUGUCGACGAUCUAAACAUGGUCAUAAUAAGUGUACGUAUAUAACAUAUAGACUAAUACUGGCAAAAUUGAUUAUAAAUACGUAUAGUGACGCUGUAUCGGGAUGGUUAUUGCUUGCAGCAUUUUUCUAUAACCAUCGAGAACACUUCAAAAUGUUUCCACUGUUAGACCUUGUGACGGCUCAAUUAUCCGUUGACAGACUUUAUUUAUCCCUGUAUUUGAAAACUAAUUUUAUACACACACUUAGCAGGAAACGUCUGUCCGCGAAAUGUUCGUUCCUUAAACGAUUACGGCAGGAAGUAAUGAAGGAUGUUCCAUACAAUAUAGAUACAACAAACUCAUUUCUGGCUCAUGAAAAUUUAGGAGUUAGUGAAGUUAAUGAAUUUCUUUCGUGCUACCCAUCGGUUAUUUUACAUUAUUUUUCGUUUUUAUCUCAUUACGAACUGGGAAAUAAUCAUCAAGCGGAUCGUCAUAUGCGGAUGCUUCAAAGUACGGUUCAGAACACUGAGUAUGGGAACCCGCAUUUAUCUGUAAAUGCUAACACUUAUCUUAUGAGAGCAUUAUCUUUCUCUAAUGAUUUAGCAGGAUUUCAGUUGACUUGCAAACGAGUCUUACAAAUGAUGAAAAAAUCAGACGAGUAUAAAACAUUUCUGGAAGAUGUGUUGGCCAAUAAUGAAAAUAUAGCACCAUUAGCUAGUAUAAUACAUAACCUUGACCGUUAA